UGCAGGCUAAAAGAGAUUACAGGUCUGAUUGAAACGCCCCUCUUCGUUUUCUGAAAUAGAGCCAUGUGCCCCUGGGAGCGUGGAAGCCACUGAUGUGAUGAGCAGGUCAGUGACUCUGUGCUGGGAAAGACCGGUCAGCAUGGAGGGAAUUUCUCAUGAGAUCCACAUCACCUACGGCUGUGAGGGACAAAAGCCCAGAUUACAGAAAUGUGCACCCAACACCACCACAGCUGUCCUUCCUGAUCUGAGACCUGGGAUGGAAUAUACUUUCAACAUCACUGCAGUCCUUCCAAACGGCAUCUGCAGCAAGACCAGCUCAACAUGCAUACAAACAAAAACUAGUCUGGAUGAACUGGUGAGUGACUUGGGACUGGAACACCACCUGAAGAACAAGCUGACUCUGAGCAAGGUGCUGGAGAUUGAUGGAGAGACUUUAACUGAUGAAAGCAUCCAGUCUCUGAAAUCUCUGCCAUGGUGUUUCCUGAGGAGGUUGAUGAUGGUGAAUGUGGCUGCUAGGAAGGGUAGGUGCGCCUCAAAACAAGACAUGACUUCCCAAAACCUGGACAGCUUAAUGGACACCCUGUGCAAUCCACAGGACCACAGCAACAGAGUCAACCCCCUGGACCUCAUAACUGCUGUGUUUCUCUGCUCAGAUGGCUGUCUCCAGCAGGAGAUGGUUUUGAAAAUGUCCAUGUGCCAGUUCUCUGUGCCUCUGCUGCUUCCUAAGUGUGAUACACAGCAGUGCACUUUAAUGCUCUGGGCCAUGAGGGAUAUUGUGAAAAAGUACAAGCCGCACUCUUUAACAGACCCAAGCGGGUUUGUAGAGGAGAACAUUGUUCUCUCUGAGCUCCCCCUGGUCUCUUUUGUGAGGCUGGGAAACAGCAGCUUGUCCAAGUCUCACUUUCUGAACCAGCUUGUCAGUAGCCCUCAGGAGCACCACGAAACCUUUGUUCACAGAAACAUGAAGUGCGGUAACACCACAAAGAGGAUUUCCAAUGGGCUGGUGGAGAUCAGCUGGUAUCUGCCCAGUGGGAACAGAAGCAUUGACAUCUUCUCUGAGCCACUGGCUAUAGCUAACCUCCGUGGGGACCUCAGAGACUUUGAAACUCAGUACACUUUCCUCUGCCGCACCUCUGCUGCUAUAUUUGUGUUCUGUGAUGAUUUUGGGUCAGAAUUUUUGGAGUCCCAGCACCUGAAGGCUCAUUGGUUCUGGAUCAUCAAUUCACAGAGCAAGAGCUUCAAUAAAGAUGAUUUCAGCAGAUGUGUUUCUGAGUUAGAGCUAAAUCCCAGUAACAUCAUCAUAAAGGGUCCGCAGAUGAAUGAUACAGAAUUCAUCAGAACCCUGCGUUUGGGUAUAAGUGGAAUUUUAAAGGGAAACGUGAUCAAAAUGAGUGUUGAACGGAUGUCUGCUGUUGCCCAUGAGCUUGGAAUCCAUGUUGAUGAAGAUUACAUUUACUGUCUGAAUGGAAAGCAGAAGACUGAUGAAAUCACAGAAAGGAUUUCUGAUAUACCGAGCUUCAAGGAGAAAGAGCUGCCCUUGCAAGGGACUGCAUGGAAACAGCUGGCCAAACUGGAGAAGGAAGAGUGCAGGAUGAAAAAUGCUGGGGAGAAGAACAUAGACCUUUACAGGAAUGAGCUUGCAGAACAAAAACAGCAGCUUAGAGCACAGCAGAGGGCUCACAACAUCUCAGAGUCUAUGUCCCAUUUCAUCUCCGCGAUGUCUGGUUCCACAGAGGAACGCAAGUAUUUCCUCAAGUGGAUGAGGAUCAACCUGGACAACCUGUCACGCAAAAGCCUUCCACUCCUUCGGGCGGAGUACAAGGAACAGUGUCAGAAUUCCUGGGAAAACAAGGAGCUCAUUGGAGAGUUGGACAGGAAGAUCUCUAGUUCAUCCUUGGGGAUGGAGCACUUCCUGCGGGAAAUGGGUCAGCUGUACGAGUCGGCCUGCUCACACCCCAAAGGCCUCACCUCUGAAAUUCAGCGCCUGCCACGUCUGGCUGCCGAGCUGCUGCAGGAAGGCUUUCCUCUGGAGCUGGUGGAUGGAGAUGCAUCCAACAUUCCUCUGCAGUGGGUGACUCAGGUUCUGAAGGAACUCCAUAAACUAACACAGCAUAAAAGUAAGAUCCGGGUGGUCACUGUACUGGGGGUGCAGAGCACUGGGAAGUCCACCCUCCUGAACACCAUGUUCGGGGUCCAGUUUGUCGUCAGUAGUGGCAGGUGCACAAGAGGUGCCUUCAUGCUCCUCGUUAGAGUGAAAGAGGAUUUUAAAGAGCUGCUUGGGUGUGAUUACAUCAUGGUUAUUGACACUGAAGGUCUGAGGUCACCAGAGUUGGCCCAUCUGGAUGACAGUUGUGAGCAUGAUAAUGAACUGGCCACUGUGGUGGUGGGGCUGAGUAACAUCACAGUCAUCAACAUCGCAAUCGCCUUCACAGAGAUGAAGGACAUCCUGCAGAUUGUGGUGCACGCCUUUCUGCGCAUGACAGAAGUUGGGAGAAAACCCUGCUGUCAUUUUGUGCACCAGAAUGUACCAGAAAUCUCUGCCCAGGACAAUAAACUGAGGAGCAGGAAGCUCCUGGAUCAGCUGAAUGAGAUGACCCAAGUAGCAGCUAAGAUGGAAAAGAAGGGAAACAUCAAAAAAUUUACUGAUGUCAUGGAGUACGAUCCAGAGAGAAUCACAUGGUACAUCCCAGGACUCUGGGAUAGCAUCCCUCCCAUGGCACCGGUGAAUUCUGGCUACAGUGACUCUGUGAAUCUGCUCCAGAGGAGUGUGAUUGAGCAUUUUAAAGAACACAAGUCUGGAAAGAGCUCACCACACACAUUCAUUGAGUUCCUAGAAUGGACCAGGAGUUUGUGGAGCGCAGUGAAGUAUGAGAACUUCAUCUUCAGUUUCCGCAACAGCCUGGUGGCUGAUGCUUAUACUCAGCUUUGCACUGAGUUCAACACAUGGGAGUGGGCCUUCAGGAAGAGCAUGUUCUCCUGGUUAAGCCAAGCUGAGACAAAGGUGUUAAACCUUGGCACAAUAGCAGCACAGAUUCAGCCAUCCUCCAAUGUGGAUGACUUACUGAGCAGCCUGAAAUGUGAGGCCUCCCUAGAAAUGGACAAAGGGGUAAAGCUCAUUUUGGACAAUCUUAUGGAAUUCUACCGGAGACCAGGGAGACACGUUCACUUAGUGGAGAAGUACAAGCAGGAAUUCAUCAACACAGCCAAAACCAUCAGGAGGGAGACAGAGCACUCUGUUAUAAACAAGCUAGAUGCCACGGUGGAGAUUAGAAAGGAUAUGUUCAGGUUAGAGAUAAUCAAGAAAAAUCAUACAGCUACAAUGGAGCAGAAGGUGCUGGACCUGAUUGAGAACUGCAGGAAAAGUAAAGAUCUGUCAGAUCAAGAGCUGGAGACUGAAUUUGAGAAGAUGUGGAAUGAGGCUGUGGCAGAACUGCAGUUCUCUGGCCUGGAAAAACGAGAUAUUGUCCAAGAUGUCCAUCAUCAGCUGAGGGCAAACUCUGAGAGAGAAGGCAGCUCAGUAUGUGAAAUUCUGUCCAAAGUGGGCAAAUUAUCUGAAUGUGGAAUGGAGCCAUUCAAAGUGAAUAGUAAAGCUCAAGAACAAAAUAAAAGGACAAAAGAUAUAAGAAAGGAGCAGGAGGUGGAGAUGCAAAAGAUAGCCGAUCACAUAAUCAAUUGCAGCAGGCAGUUUGUGGAUGAGAAAGUGAGAACAAGGUCUGAUUACCAUAACACAUACAUGAUAGACUUGUUUUGCAUGGUAGAUGAAAACCUGGACAGGGACAGGAAUCUGGACACAAGUGCUGAGUUUCAGGCCAGUCUGAAGAUCCACAUCUGUGGACAUGCAGCACGGGAGUUUCAAAAAAUGCAUUUGGAUUUUAUCCAUGCAAAUGAUCCCCGUCGCUGUCUGGAGCAGUCCAAGGAACAGUACUGCACUGACUUUAAGGACCUGUUCAAUAAACGAGACCAGUGUCAGAAGAAAGCCAAUGAGUUCACCUACAACUGUCUUGCACCUGCAGUGAAGGAAUACAUCACCAAGUCUCUGGGCCCUGACCUUGUGGAUGAAGUGUUGAGAGGAAAGAAAGCCAUUGAUUUCAGCACUCGAUCCUUCUUCCAGUUCUCAAUUCUCAAGCAGCUGCUUUCAGAUGAUAACUUUAAGGACUUUGAGAGUUACGUAAGGAACUACGAGAGCUUCGUGCAGGACUGGAUAUUCAAGCAGAUGGUUAAGCAGUUCUCUGAGGGAGAUGAUCUCAGGAACAUUGAGAUUAAGCACCUGAAGGUGAUGGUUAAACGAUUAAAGGAAGCCAUUAAGAAUGCAGAGAUGAAGGCCAAUGAAGAGGACCAGAACAUUCAGCAGUUCAUUCAGGAUAUCUGUAGUAACCUACAGGAGCUCACCAUCCCCAAAGACCCCCUCACAGUGGUCCUGUCCUUAAACACUACCAAGCCAGAAGAUUUUUCCCAGUGUCUAAAGGUGCUUGUGGAUGAAAUGGAGCAGUCCAUUACUGCAGAGUUUCAGAACGGUGGGGAUGUGAGGGCCAGGCUGACCUCACUGCCCUUUCAGCCACAGAAGGAGCUGUUUAACAGGGUGUUUGGCUAUGAGAGGCAGUGUCCCUAAUGCAAGACCCCAUGUGAAGCAGGCGGCAAGAACCACGCAGAGCACUUUGCUUCCAUUCACCGUCCUUGGGGGAUCAGGGGACACAAAGAUAAUGUCUCCUGUAAAUUACUGAGUGAUGUCUGCCCCUCCUGUGUUGCCAGUGAGGCAAGGUUCAGGUCAAGAGAAACAGAGGGGAAAUGGCAUCCAUACAAGGACUAUCAAAGCAUUUACCCUGACUGGCGCAUCCAGCCUGACACCAGCAUCCAGGCCUCAGACUACUGGAAGUACGUCUUCCACAGGUUUAAUGAGCAGUUUGCCGUGGCGUAUAAAGCUAAGCCUGCUGACAUUCCCACCCUUUGGAGAUAUAUAACCCAAGACCAAGCCAUGAAAAGCCUGGAGGAAUCCUUCCAGAUGAAAACAGAAGGAGAUUAAAUUAAAUGGAUUAUAUGGCCCCUGUGUCAGUCAGGUUGAAAAUGUAUUUUCUGAGUGGCAUUAAUUAAUAGCCUACUCACACAUAUCAUGGCUAAUCGCAAAAAGUGCCCCAACCAAGUGGAAUCCUAUGAAAGUAAGGGCCAUAGGUUAAAAAAAAAAAAAAACACAUUUCAAAAAGGGGGCAUUAAAUUAAAUCAUCACUGAUGUUUAGAAAGAGAGAUAAUCACUGAUGCAUACAUAACUGCAUUUAUACAUAUAAAACCACAUACAUGCUAACAUAGGAUGUUACUUCUGUCAUAACCUGUGCAGCUUUUAUCUAUACACACUGUCUGAGUUAGCAUGGCUGAGCUUUGUUCAUUAUUCCAUUGUUUAGAUGCAUAAUCAGGGACGGUAACUAGGCUGAGAUAUUUUAAGUUUGUUUAAUUUUGAGACCUUCUCUAUAUCAAAAAGAAUACUUUUAACGAAAAUACAAAUUACAUUUUAUGUUUUUUUCUAUGCUUCUUAUAAUAAGUCUCUAUUAAUAAAGCACAUAACCUUCAUGUGUUACUGGUAAUUUUAUCAGCUCUUCAUCACUGCUAGCUUGGCUGUUUGAAGUCAUACAUUGUUAAGUGCCUUGAUAAUCUGUUUACACAAUAGCAUAGCUUUCAUCCAUCCAUAUUCAAAUAUUUUAAUCACAUGAUUUCUUGUUACAAUGUUAAAAGGGUUGUUGUUAUCACUAUAAGCCUUAAUAUAGAAAUUCACUGUUCCUGAAAAAAAAGAAAAUUAAACUUUGAGGCCCAAAUAUGCCACCCAUCCAUCCAUUAUCUAUACCUGCUUAUCCUGGUCAGGGACGCGGGGGCUGCUGGAGCCUAUCCCAGCAUGCAUUAGGCGAGAGGCAGGAAUACACCCUGGACAGGACGCCACACACACCAUCCACUCAUACCUAUCGGCAAUUUAGAGUCUCCAGUUAGCCUGCCGACAUGUCUUUGGACUGUGGGAGGACAUACAAACUCCACACAGAAAGGCCCAGGGAUUCGAUCCUAGGACUGCACCACUGUGCCGCCCUUAUAGCUUUCAUGAUGACUGUUUAUUUUUCUUUUUUAGAAAGCUGGAUUCAAAAUUUGUUUUGCUUCUUUUCACUUAGUAAAAUUGAUGUAUCU